AUGUAUUCCGACAACGGAACGACGUUUCACGGCGCCGAUCGGCAGUUGUCCGACGCCUACUAUAAAGCCGUUCGCGAACCGAACUUCCUCAAUCGCUCCGCUAGCGAAAAAACGACCUGGCAUUUCCUGCCUCCGGCCGCGCCACAUUUCGGCGGUCUCUGGGAGGCUGGUGUCAAAAGUGUCAAACACCACCUCAAGCGAUGCAUCGGGUCUCAUACACUUACAUAUGAAGAAAUGACAACGAUCCUCCGCCGCAUCGAGGCAUGCCUAAAUUCGCGACCUCUCGCCGCUAUCUCCGAACAUCUCGACGACUAUCAAGCGUUGACCCCCGGUCAUUUUUUAGUAGGCGCUUCCCUUGUGGCUUCGCCCGAGCCUAGCGUGCUCGACAUUAACGAAAACCGACUGUCUCGGUGGCAGUUGGCUCAGCGAAUUACCGAAGGUUUUUGGAAGUCUUGGUCGCACGAUUACUUGCACACCCUUCAGCAAAGGCCGAAAUGGCGCGCCGUUCAGCGAUUAGCCCGACUGGGUCAAAUCGUCCUCAUUCGCAACCCGCUCGCGCCACCGAGCCAAUGGGAACUCGGGCGCAUAACCGUGUGUCAUCCAGGCAAAGACGGUUUGACCCGAGUCGUCACCGUGAGGACGAGUCGGUCGGAGUACAAGCGCCCCAUAACUAAACUGUGCUUUCUCCCGGUGGACAUCAACAACGAACAGCCCAUAGAUUCCGCCAUGGCGGGCGGCGCCACUCAUUAA